UAUUCAACAAUUUUGUUUUAUAGGUACAAAAAAAAGCGGUAGUAUUUGACUUUGAUAGGAACAUUAGCGAUUAUUUCUUUUCCCCGAUUUCUUUAUUGAUUAGUCUUCUUCUUCUUUAGAUAUGGCUGAUACCCAAUUUAAUCUCGUCAAAAAUCUCCAGGACCUCUUUCCACAGCUCUCUGCUGCGCAAGCGCGUAACAUCCUUGUGAAUCAUAAGUGGGACUUGGAGUCUUCACUGGAGGACGCUGAGAGUUUUGCCGCUAAAGCUUCUAAUGAGCGUCCUAAGACAGAGAACUAUUGUGUAGGGCGUGAUGAUCGCAGAUCUACGCAACAGGAUGAUGCGUCUCAUACGAAUACGUCAGCCCCAGAUAAUUGUGAUGAUGUUGGGAAGUUGUUAGAGAGCCUUUUCAGUCAAGUGAGCGGCGGAUACGACGAUAAGGACAAAGGGAGUGCGCCGCUGAAUGCUUUCUACGGUCGUGGUAGACGGCUUGGUCACACAGAACAGCCUAGCCCCUACAUUGCCUCCACACUGCGUCAACGGCGCGACGUUUCCAUUACCCUUUACCGCAAUGGAAUUUUCGUGGAUAAUGGAAUUUUCAUAACCAUGAACAGCCCUGAGGGGAAGGAAUUCUUAGAGGCAAUGCGUCAAGGUUACAUUCCGUCUUCGCUGCAGUCUCACUAUCCAGAUUGUGAGCUCAAUGUCACUUUGCUAGACCAUCUCGAACUGGAUUACAAACCAGCUUCGCUCACAGCUUUCAAGGGUGAAGGCCACCGCCUUACAACAGAUGAAGGUAAGACCUCUACAAGUGGAGAGCGUCUUAGCUUUGAUACUUCCAGAAAUUUUCAUUUUGAGCCGAGCGAGGACGCUUCGUUUAUCUGUAUACUCAACACACAGGGGGAGCGAAGAGAGUUCAAAGUUAACCCAUCUCGGCACACGGUGGAGGAUGUUUACUACCUGGCUCAUAGUCUUCAGCCUGACCUAGAACGCUUUGUAUUGGUUGUUCGUAGCAUGCCACCGUAUAAGCUUGAAAACUUGACACGCAGCCAAACCAUUGAAGAGGCCAAGCUGUGUCGGGCGGUAGUCACAAUACGGCCUUUGUAAACGGCGAGUUGUAGUUUUGAGCAUUUCAGCAGUCUGGUUGCAUUUUUUCCUCGAAAAUUGAUAUUAUUGUAAAUAUAUUCUGAACAAGAGAGCUUGAAUGAAAAAUAUUCUUAUGGUUUUGCACUUUU